AUGUUGGACAACAGCACCGUGCAGCCUCAAGACUAUUCACGUGGAGUGGGUGUUGAUCAAUGCAUGCAUGCAGUACCUCAAGUGGAAAAUGUAUCAGCGUUGGCUGAAGUGGCCAGCAGCGUGCCCAAGUCUUCAGCUAGUUUGCUUCAGGAUGGUUCGGAUCCUGCCGCUGUUGGGUCCGUUCUGGACUCCAACCUAGCACCUGCAUCAUCAUUGGCUGCUAGCAGUCCAUCACGCAUUGUGUCCUUGGACGUGGGACGGGAGCUGGCUGCUGCCACUGCUGGGGUGUCUACUUCGACGCUCUCUCCCCAGAGUGGUGGCCACGGUAAGCCGCUUGUACAACUGACGAUGGAGCGGGAGGGUCCUGCAGCAACACUGCCCUCCUUCGCUCCAGAGUCAGUACCUGUUGGCGAUGCAGUGUCGGCCACGGCGGACGUGGCCACGUCUCCUGCUUGCAUGUCGCCAUGUUCAUCGGCGGCAUCCGAGAUGUCUUCAAGUGCGUCUUCAGCUGCGGCCUCACCGCCCCCAUCGCCCAAGUCGGUGGUUCCUCCACGACAACAGCCACCGGCCAUCCAUAGGCGUAGCUCACGCCAUGCUAUGGAAGCUGAUGGGGCGAAGGCGACGGAUGAAGAUACCAUGACGAAGGCUAUGCGUCGCAAGGCGGCGAUAAAUCUCGACCCAUGUGCUUUGAGACAUAUGGAAUUUGACAGAUUAAAGGUCAAAUCCAAAGUUUCAGCGAAGUUGGAAUUCUCUACACAGGAUGAGGAAGAGCUGAGUGCCACAUUAGAUGGUCAGCUUCUUACUCAUCUAGUCGGAGAGGUAGCGGAGGUAGAUUUGGAUGAGAUGAUGCUAAGUUCUGUUUAUGAUCUUAAAGCAUCUAGUCGGAAAUCCAAAGCUAAAUCUGCUUCUAAGAAAUCUAAUUUUUCUUCUAAGGCUAAAUCCACAAAAUCUACAAUGGUUGUGCAAUGA